AUAUACGAAUCCAUAUACUCGCGCCGCAGUCAACUUGAACGUCGAACGGGGUAUUAACGUGCGCGCUCUCAGCUUUUACGUACGAUAUUUAUAUGGUGAUCUGAGCCAGAACAGACUGUUCAAACUUGUCGACGACGCAGUUUGUUUUAUUAUUAUUUGUUAUUGAAACUCUUCCCCCACGCAAGAAGGUUUUAUUUAACAAAAAAAAAAGUUGAAAACUGCAUCGCUAAGUGAGCCUUAAGUGACUACCAGGCGUGACCAUGGCAUUACUGGGGCAAAUGUGUUAACGUAUAUUUCGUAUAUAUACCAAUUAUAGUCAAAUCAAAUUAGCUUAAUAUUUAAAAGCACAAAAAAACAAAUAACAAAUAAAUUCAGCAAAAAGUAAAACAAAAUGCGAUUGGCCCACAGUUUGGUGGCCUCCUGCUGGCUGCCUUUACUCAUUUGGAUAUCGUGGAGUGCUGCAUUGCCUCGCCCACAGUUCGAACAGGAGGAUAACGAGGUGGCCACCAGUUGUGGCGGCGAUAAUGGCGCACCACUGAUAACGCCCUGCAAGGAAUCCAUCAAGCUGGAGUACCGAACCGACUACACGCUGCGCUGUGAGGGCAGUGAGCCGAUCAUUUGGUGGGCAAGUCACGAAAAGCCGCUGGUCAGCAGCUUCGAUAAUGCGGCAGAGGAUCCACAGCGUCCGUAUGGCCUGCAGUUGCACCUGAUGGAGGUCACAGCGGACAACGUGGGAGCUUAUUACUGCAUCAAGGAGUCGGAGGCGGCGCGAGUCAAUAGCAGCACAGACGAAAAACUAAGCGAAAUGCUGGGCGAGAUGCUGAACAACGAUCUGGCCAGCACCAUUUAUGUGUUUGUCAAUGAUCCACUUAACCUGCUGGUGCCAACGGGACCCAUUGUACAUGCUCGUCAGUAUACGGAUGUGGUGAUACCCUGCAAACCCUCGAUGCCCGAAACGGAAGUGCUGCUGACAUUCAAUGGAGAUGUCUAUUCCAGCACUACCUCUGGUCGUUACGAUCCCAAGCGUGGCUUUACCAUCGAAAUACGCAGCAUCACCGAUGGUGGGGAGUAUUAUUGUGAGCCAGCGCUACCUUCCCCUGACAAUGAAGAGGAGAACACGUUCAUACUUGUGCGCUUUAUCGGUAACGGUCACAUUGAUACAUCUGGAUUGGAUAGUGCCUCCACCACCAACCUGCCGCCUAACAUAGAAUACAACAGAGUUGAUGCGGAGGUUACUGCAGAUAAUGAUAAUGAUGAUGAUUUCCUCACUACUGUAACUAACACAAUACAAAAGGGUAAUGUGGCUCUAAACUCUGGUGCUGGGCUUGGUCGAAAUGAAACUGAAAAUGAAACUGAAUCCGAAGAUCGCUCAAAAUUACAUUAUCCAUUGCGUUACAAGCGUAGUCCAGCGCGUCUGCUGGCACCGAUGAGUCCAUCGCCCUCACCAAAUCUAGGGCAAGCGAAUGAUCGCUUGAAUAAGCCCUCGAUCAGCUCCACUGCGCGGAAUCAUGUGUAUGCAAAUGGCACUUUCACCUUGGUCUGUGAGCUGUCUGCGCCGCAGGGCGUCAACUAUGACAUGAGCUGGAGCACACCCAACAGCAGAGAUAAGUGGACACUGCACGAGGAUUCCUAUCAUCUCGGUUCUGGUGGUCGCAUUACCUACACAAAGCCACGUUUCGACAACACCAUGAAGAACAACACCCACGUGGUGGGCAGCAGCAAGUUGACGGUGACCCAAGUCCAGCGCACCGAUGAGGGACCCUACAAGUGCAUUGUCACGGAUAGCUUUGAUCGCCAGCAGUUUAUCUCCUACAAGAUUAAAGUCAUGCAACCCAACUCGAGCUAUUUGGAUGUGCGGGAGCCCGCUGGUCACUACAAUGUGAAUGAGUUUGCCAAUCGCACCAUCACAAUGACUGCAGAAUUUGGUGGCUAUCCGCAGCCCAGCUUCAAGUGGUACAAGCCCGAUGGCAGCGAGAUUUGGCAGACGGAGCACAAUUUCAACAUUGUGUCGGAGGAGUCCAGCACCACGCUGCGUUUGCACAACGCGCAGCUAAAGGACAGCGGCACCUAUGUCCUCAAGGGCACCAAUGGCAAUGUCACACGUUCGCUGGAGUACAAUGUGAGUGUCAUGUCCUCGCCGGAGCUCAGCAUGGAGGAUGUCUAUGUGCAGGCGGGCAAUGAGGCGCACUUGGAUUGCCUCGUGCGUUCGUUUCCCCCAGCGGUGGUCACCUUCCUCUUCAGGCCGUGCACGCUGGUGCCGCGUUGGCCCACCUGUUCCACACUCAAUCAGAAUUUUAGCUUACCCGCUGUCCGAGAGGCAUUUAAGUUCAAUGUACAACCACGACCGGGUCUACUCACUGUGGAUCGCAUCUAUGCGGUGUCCUUUACACCCACAGAGCCCGGCAUACUCACCUGCGCUGCGCAGAAUCUGGUGGAUGGAGUGCCACGCAUGGCCACUACCAAGUCUCAUGUGUUGAUGGGUAACAUUGCGGAGAACAUGACCAUCUAUGGCCUGGAUGAGCAUCGAAAGAUUGCCAAAGGCGAUGAGGAGAGUUUCACAUGCGAGGCUUUGGCCUAUCAUUUCGAUGGCAAUCUGCAGUGGUAUCACAAUGGAGAGGAAUUGGAGCCAUCAGAGGCUCUACUCAUCCAAACCAGCCACACCAAUUACUCCUACAAGAGCACUUUGAAAUUCCCAUCGAUGGGUGAUGGCGAUCGUGGCACCUACGAGUGUCGUGCCCAUCACAUACACCAGCCCAGAGAGUACGAUAGUCGUGAGAUUGAUGUCUAUGUGCACGAUCCCAAGGCGCCGCAGUGGGUGCACACCAAUCUGAAUGCCAAUUCAAAGAUGGUAAAGAAAUUGGGUGAAUCUUUGGUGCUAGAAUGCCGCAGCAUGGCCGUGCCGCAGGCGAAGGUGCGCUGGUUCAAGGAUGGCAAGGAGCUGCGGGAAACAAAUCUCACGCACAUCAUGGAUGAUCAAGAAAAGAUGCUAAUAACUCACUUGUAUCCCCAUGACGAUGGCGUCUACAGGUGUCUGGUGGAGAAUCGUUUGGGCAGCAUUGAGAACUCCAUCACGGUGGUCAUUGCUGAUAUGCCUGGCAUUAACCAGGCUUGGAUUUGGUUUGGUGUCCUGCUCCUCCUCAUUCUCAUAAGUCUUUGUGCCUUCCUGUGGGUGCGCUACCAAAAGGAGCACAAACGUAAUUUGGCCCUGAAGGCUGCCGGUUUGGCCAACUUCGAGGAGGGUGCCGUGGAGCACAUUAAUCCUGCUCUCUCUCUCGAUGAGCAGGCGGAUCUGUUGCCCUACAAUCGCGAGUUUGAGUUCCCGCGCGACAACCUAAAGCUGGGCAAACAGCUGGGCGCUGGCGCCUUUGGUGUCGUUCUGAAGGGCGAGGCCAAGGGCAUACGCGCGGAUGAACCCACCUCCACGGUGGCCGUCAAAAUGGUCAAACGCACCGCCGACAAUGAGGUGGUGCGCGCACUGGUCUCCGAACUGAAGAUUAUGGUGCAUUUGGGACAGCAUUUGAAUGUGGUUAAUCUGCUGGGAGCGGUGACCAAAAAUAUAGCGAAACGUGAACUGAUGGUCAUUGUGGAAUAUUGUCGCUUUGGCAAUGUGCAAAACUUUUUGCUGCGCAAUCGCAAGUGUUUUAUCAAUCAAAUAAGUCUCGUUAACGACCGAAUCGAUCCAGCGAUUAUGAUACAACGAGUAUCCGAAAACUUUGAGCUAAAUCGCGAUUUAAAUGGUGGCGGUGGUGUCGUUGUUGGUGGCUUGAAAUAUGCUAAUGUUGGUUUCCCCAACCAUCCGUAUUUCAAUCACAUGAACUCCGUAAACAACAAUUAUACGCAAAAUCAUCGCAGAAAUUCGGACAAUGAUCCACGUUCGGGCACACGUGCGGGUCGACCUGGCUCAGCUGGCUACAGCUACGAUCGUCAGACGGAUACCUGUGCCACAGAAGCCACUAUGAUGACAACAGUGCCAGAGGAUGAACAUGUCAUGUCCAACAACUCGAUACAGCCCGCUUGGCGUUCCAAUUACAAGACAGACUCCACGGAGGCCAUGACCGUGACCACAACGGAUCUUGUUAGCUGGGCUUUCCAGGUGGCACGUGGCAUGGACUAUUUGUCCUCAAAGAAGGUGCUGCAUGGUGAUCUAGCAGCACGUAACAUACUCCUGUGCGAGGACAAUGUGGUGAAGAUUUGUGACUUUGGCCUGGCACGUUCCAUGUAUCGCGGUGAUAACUACAAGAAAUCAGAGAGCGGCAAGCUGCCCAUCAAAUGGUUAGCGCUGGAAUCCCUCAGUGAUCAUGUGUUCAGUACUUAUAGCGAUGUUUGGUCCUUUGGCAUUGUGCUGUGGGAACUGUUCUCGCUGGCCAAGGUGCCAUAUCCCGGCAUAGAUCCCAAUCAAGAGCUGUUCAACAAGCUCAACGAUGGCUAUCGCAUGGAGAAGCCGCCAUAUGCCAAUCAAGAGCUGUACGAGAUAAUGCUAGAGUGCUGGCGGAAGAAUCCCGAGAGCAGACCCUUGUUUGCUGAGCUGGAGAAGCGUUUUGCCACCAUGCUGGGCGAGGAUGUGGCCAGUCACUAUUUGGACCUCAACAAUCCCUACAUGCAAACGAACAUGGAGUACAUGAAGAAUCAGUCCACAGACUACCUAGCACUCAUGGGUUCCCCCGAUGAGCUGGCGCCGGCGGCACCACGUUACGUUAAUGGCCAUAUAGUGCCCGAUAUUAGAAUCGAAGAGCUGCCCGAUGACUAUCAGGCGAUGAGCAGCCCGCCCGAUACCAGCACUGCCAUCUAUUCACCCACGCGCAUCGAUGGCGAUGAUAUGGCACCAACGGCCAAUUUCACAGAGUUUGCCGACUUCUCACCCCUACAAACAACCGACACCUCUUUCACCUUCCCAGAUACAGCCCCAACGCCACCCCAAAGCCAACGCUCCAAUGUCGGACAACAUUCACCGACGCUGAGCAACAAUAUGAACAGCGGUCUGCACAAGCCGCUGCGUAAGAAGAACGGCCUGCCGACGGUGGAUGCCGCCGAUCAGGCACCCGAGGAGAUACCCAUGCUGCAUCGCACCUCCACAUCGGACGGCGAGCCUAGUCCGGAGCAGGGGCGACGCUUCAAUCAGGCGCUAAAGCAGCAGUAUGUCACGCCAAAGCCAUCGCCGCGGCACCACGUGGAGACGAAACUGAACGGCGAUGCCGAGAACUAUGUGAAUGUAAAGCCGCCACGUAAAAAUCUCUCCAAUAAGCCCACAGCCAGCGGUGGCAGCAACAACACAGAAGCAUUCUCCAAUCCCAGCUAUCAGCCGCUUUCGGCGUUGAAUGAGAAGGAGGAGCGAAGGUAUUAGGCGGAGACAGAAGAGCCUGGAGCGGAGCAGCCAGCUAGCUUAAGUUAGACAAAACAAUACUACUUAGUGGCAUUGUGAUCAUUCUGAUAUAGCCCUAAGACGACACUCACUCCAUGUUAUAUAUAGUAUGUUUAUGUAUGUAUACAUUGAUUAAUGCCAUUUCAUGUUUAAUUUUAAUUGUUAUUUGUAAGUCGAAUUAUCGUGUAUGUUUAUGUGUAAUGUAUGCAUGUACCUACAACAAUUACUCAAAUAGAUUGGGUAUCAAAUUAAC